GCGGCUGGAAAGGUGGCACUGCUGGCGGGUCGCACGAUCUGCCGCCGUUCCUAGGCGACGGCGAGAGCAGCAAGCCUGCGGGGGAGGGGGAGCAAGUGGGUUGCUGCUUUUAGCAGCUGAAAGGGCUGCAGGGAGCUCUGGGUAAGACAUUUUCUGCUGCUGCUGCUUCUGCGGUAGAAGCUGCUGCGAGUACGGCAGAGGAAGGAGGACCGAGAGGGAGGAGGCUUCAUUUGCAGCCAUGCUGAAUCACUGUUGCUGAUCAGAUCUCCCGCGGGUUGGCUGGAGGACGGAGCUAGGAGCCCAGGGUGCCUGCACAGUUCAGCGAUUGCCACCCUGGCUGGGCCUCGCACAAUGGAGGGCGAAAGCAUCAAGCCGAGCUCCCAGCCCCCGAUACAGACUGGUGAUGAUGAGAAGAACCAGAGGACAAUCACUGUCAACUCUGCCCACAUGGGGAAGGCGUUCAAGGUUAUGAAUGAGUUGCGGAGUAAGCAGCUGUUGUGUGAUGUGAUGAUUGUGGCAGAAGAUGUGGAGAUCGAAGCCCACCGUGUGGUCCUGGCCGCCUGCAGCCCUUACUUCUGUGCGAUGUUCACAGGUGACAUGUCUGAGAGUAAAGCCAAGAAGAUUGAAAUAAAGGAUGUGGACGGGCAGACUCUCAGUAAGCUCAUUGACUACAUCUAUACAGCCGAGAUCGAGGUGACGGAGGAGAAUGUGCAGGUGCUGCUUCCUGCCGCCAGCUUGCUACAGCUCAUGGAUGUUCGGCAGAACUGCUGUGACUUCCUGCAGUCCCAGCUGCACCCCACCAACUGUCUGGGCAUCCGCGCCUUUGCUGACGUGCACACCUGCACCGACCUUCUGCAGCAGGCUAACGCUUACGCAGAGCAGCACUUUCCAGAGGUGAUGCUGGGGGAAGAAUUUCUUAGCCUAAGUCUGGACCAGGUGUGCAGCUUAAUAUCCAGUGAUAAACUGACAGUUUCUUCAGAAGAAAAGGUCUUUGAAGCUGUGAUAUCAUGGAUCAAUUAUGAGAAAGAAACCCGCUUAGAGCACAUGGCAAAGCUGAUGGAACAUGUCAGGCUCCCCCUCUUGCCUAGGGAUUACCUCGUCCAGACAGUCGAAGAAGAAGCACUGAUAAAAAAUAACAACACCUGUAAGGACUUCCUCAUCGAGGCCAUGAAAUACCAUCUCCUGCCCCUGGACCAGAGGCUCUUGAUUAAGAACCCCAGGACCAAGCCCCGGACUCCGGUCAGCCUGCCCAAGGUCAUGAUUGUGGUCGGAGGCCAGGCGCCCAAGGCAAUCCGCAGUGUGGAGUGCUAUGAUUUUGAGGAGGACCGAUGGGACCAGAUCGCUGAGCUUCCCUCCAGGAGAUGCAGAGCAGGAGUGGUCUUCAUGGCGGGCCAUGUGUACGCUGUGGGCGGGUUUAAUGGCUCCCUGCGAGUACGCACCGUGGAUGUGUAUGACGGCGUGAAGGACCAGUGGACGUCCAUCGCCAGCAUGCAGGAGCGCCGAAGCACGCUGGGCGCCGCCGUGCUCAAUGACCUACUCUACGCAGUGGGGGGCUUUGAUGGCAGCACUGGCCUGGCGUCGGUGGAAGCCUACAGCUAUAAGACCAAUGAAUGGUUCUUCGUGGCCCCCAUGAACACGCGGAGGAGCAGCGUGGGCGUAGGUGUGGUCGAGGGGAAGCUGUAUGCUGUCGGGGGCUACGAUGGUGCUUCCCGACAGUGCCUGAGCACUGUGGAGCAGUAUAACCCAGCGACCAACGAGUGGACAUAUGUGGCAGACAUGAGCACCCGCCGCAGCGGCGCAGGGGUCGGGGUCCUCAGUGGGCAGCUGUACGCCACAGGUGGGCACGACGGGCCCUUGGUGAGAAAGAGCGUUGAGGUUUAUGACCCCGGAACAAACGCCUGGAAGCAAGUGGCUGACAUGAACAUGUGCCGGCGCAAUGCAGGGGUUUGCGCGGUGAACGGGCUCCUGUAUGUGGUUGGCGGGGAUGACGGAUCCUGCAACCUAGCAUCAGUGGAGUACUAUAAUCCUGUCACCGACAAGUGGACCCUGCUGCCGACCAACAUGAGCACGGGGCGGAGCUAUGCAGGUGUUGCUGUGAUUCACAAGCCCUUGUGACCCCAACUCCCACUGCCAGGAGGUGGAGGAAGGAAGGUGCUGCUGUGCCUCAGAGCAGCAGGCCGUGGACUGGAUGCCCCCUGCUGCCAACGUGCUUGGGCUGCAGUGGAGUGAGAACUGCUCUCCUCGGACUCGGCCACGUGGCAUCCCGGCACGAAGACUAGGGACCCACCUCCUGCUCCCCGAGGUGUUUCAGCCACUGCCCUGAGCAGUGGGUUCCUUGUAGCUUGGCAGCACCUUUAUUUUUUGUGUGUUGCUACAGGGACAACAGAUAAAAGAACUCUGUGUGUAUGUGUGUGUGUGUGUGUGUGUGUGUGAGGGGGGGUAGGAGAGAGAGAGAGAGAGAGAGAGAGAGAGAGAGAGAGAGAGAGAGAGAGAGAGAGAUGGUGUCUGUCAAAUUGUGUGUGUGUGCGCGUGUGCGUGUGUGUGCGUGUGCGUGUGCGUGUGUGUGUGUGUGUGUAUGUGUGUGUGUGUGUGAUGAUCUACUGGAUUUCUUUACUACUGAUCCUUACAUGAUGCUAAAAAUCAAAUCACAGAGACCUCUCUUUUGCAUUUGCCCCAUGGGGCCCCUGAGACUACUGAAGCUGCUGUCUUCUGGUGGUCCAGUUGGACAGGAAGUGUCCAGAAAUCCCCGGUGAGGGCCAGUGCAGUGGCCACACCCACAGCCCAGCAUUGACUACUGCUGCUGUCUGCAGAGGAGCUGGGUGUCCCAGUCCAUCCCACGUCCUCUGUGCUAGCACGAGGAAUAGCAGGUGCCCAGUCCCUCCCCCCCAGGAAGAAGCAGACAAACUGUCACACUGAUCUUUGAUAUCAUGGAUUCUAGCUUGGGAGAUUUUUGUCUCUUCAGCUGGGAAAAUGUUCUCUUCAGAGAAGCCCCAAGUGACACACUGGAGAAAAAAGACAUAAAAAGCAAAACACACACAUGGUGGCAAGGAUCAGAUCUGUGCGCAGAAUGGCCCCAGAGAGGAUCCGGCUUCUGGGGUCCCAGGAAAGGAGGUGCUUCUGGACACUUCCUAUCCAGGCUUACUCACAGCAGCUCAUUGCACUUGCAAGGUUCUGGUUUGGAGGAUAAGUGAAGGGUCACUCUGCCCCCCAGCCCAAAGAUUGGUGUGCCCAGAAUUCAGUGGGGCCAUGUGUGGUUCAGACAUGAUGGUACUAAAAGGGCAGCUGGCAGUGCCAACCUGGGCUUGGCACAUUGUGACAAAGGUCAGGUCUGUCUGAGAUCCUCAUCUUUCUUGCCUCACAGCCUCUCUCCAGUCCAGGGUCUGCGCCCCCUUCUCCUUGCUCCCCCUGUGAAGGAGGAGAUACUGAGAGGCCCUGGAUAUUUGAUCUCUCUCAGGGGUGCUUGCAUUUUAAAAGGAGAGCGUGACAAGCCUUUGCUAAAACACAGGUAAACAUGGUUAAUGAACUGGAAGCGUCUGGGGUGUAUUUGAGGGCAUGUAGAGCCAUUUGCAUUCAAAAUCAAGCCCCAUAAAGUGAUAGUGCUCUAAUGAGCAAGCUGCUGGUGUUAGAAUUCCCAGCCUGUUCCUGGAACAUGGUCUCAUGGUCUCACACUUGGGGGCUGGAGUUCAGCCCUUUCUGGUGGCAGGUUCUACUUAGGGAGCCAAGGAGCUUUCUGAGCCCCGACAUUGGAUGUUUGCUACAGGCAGGCUACUUCCAGGUUGACACUGCAAGAGAAUUCCGCCCCCCCCCCCCGCCUUACUCCACAGCUGGGAGCCCAGGAAGACUCCUGGGGAGACCCGCAUGCGGUGGCCCCGUGGUGGAUCGACUGUGUGCUCACAUGGCAUUUGGCUCUCCUGUAGAUGUUGAGCCGUCACUAGCCCGGUGAGGUCGGAGCCGCUGGACCACAGGGCGGGUGGAGGGCAGGAAGAAGGCUCUGGGGGAGCCUCGGCACACUUUGACAUGGGCUUUGUGGUGUCACUGGGCACAGGCCAGAGCUCUACCCUGGCUCAGUGAAGGGGCGGGACUUCCUUUCUUCCUUUCGGUGGUGUUGUUGCAGGAUGAAGUUGGGGGUUAAGUUCUGAUGUGUGCUGGUCACAUAGCUCUUAGUUUCAGAUAAAAGGUGACCUCCCUGCUUCCCCCACCACCCAGAAGUGGGACUUCCAUGCCUGGGGGGGGGAGGGCUGCGGCCCCUGCGGCCCACUCCCUGAUGCUAGCCAGCGGCGUGUUCUGCUCCUGGUUCUGCCUCACAUCUCCCUUCCCAGGAAGCACUGUCCGCGCCGGAGUGCUGCUGAGGCCAUGUCCAUUUCAUCCACAUGUGUCCUUUUACAUGGGGAUUAGAACACUGGUACGUCAUCACCAAAAAGCCAAUCUGCUCCAGCUGCCCCCAGAUGCUAGCCACAACCUCUUUAUACCAGAUGAAAUUCUCUCUCCCUCUCCACCGCAGUGGACAUAGCAGGAUUAUUUUCAAGUCUGUGCUGGCUCUUAGGCAGGUGAACCUCCUCUCCCCAUUUCCCGAUACAGGUGGCCACCGCUGCUGGUAAAUGCAGCCUGCCAGUGGUGUAUUUACAGUCUGCUCACAGCGGUGAAAUGGAAUUGUGGCCCAAGGUGAGAAGCAACUUAGACACCACCUGGAUACUGAUUUGGAUAAGUCAGACCCUGAAUUUCAAAGUUCUCUUUCUUAAGUACCCAAUGGCAUCUCAGCAUCUCAAAAGUCGCAGUAUUAUGCAAAUGAAAGUGACCUCAUUUUCCGCUAUGCAAUAAGAAUAUCUUAUUCUAUUUCAUGACAAACCAGUUGCAAUAUCCCCUCCGACGCUUUUUGAGCUGUCUUACUUUGAUAUCUGUUACGGUGUCGUGUUUGUCGGUUCCUGAGCCAGAUUCUUUCAAAGAUUGCCUUUUUUUAAAAAUAAAAUUGAAGCUAUAGCUUUCAGGCUACAAAUUUUAAUGUAGAUAUUUUUAUAAGAUAAUUUUUUCAGGAUAUUUGAAUUGCUUUUAUUGUCCAUGAUAACGAAGCAGUUCCGUUCUAUUGUGGUUCACUCUCAGUGUGAUUCACACCUGUGGCUCUCUUCCCUGACCGCUCACUUCCACCCCCUAAACCUAUUUCUCAGAGCUCCAGGUAGGUGCGUCUCUUCCCCUGGACUCUGACUCUUCCACCACCUUCAAGGGAGAUUGCUGAAUUAAACCACACAAAAACACUUGAAUUGCUCCGGGACUAGCAUUGUGCCUGACUCAGCACGGACUCCUCAGCGUUGCCUGACUGCUCCAGGGCGCUCAGCAGGGCUGCCGAGUUCUGGUCUUCUGGGGACUCUCACUGCAGACUCUGAGCCCUGCAGGCUGUUGGUGGGGAGGCUCCAGGGAAGGGCUGACCCUCCAGCGCCUUCUGCGGCAUUUUCAAGUCUUCUCUCUCAUUCCCACCCCUGGCUCUUCUGCAACUUCUAACUGCUCCCAGCCUUUGACACAUCUUAUUUCUGAACUUUAAAAGCGGGGGUCAUGCCUCAUGAUCCCCGCUAAGAAUGUGUUCAACCUUGCAUUGCUGACACUCACAUUAGUUACACUGAACUCGUUUGUUUUUUGAACUGUGUCUACACUCCAGACUCAGUUGCUGUGUAUUUAUCUGCCAUUAAGGCAUUUAAAAAGAGUGUUUUUAUUUGUGUUGGGACAGGUGCCAUUUGACUCACCUCCAUUCUCCCCCUUUCGACCGUGUUGGAUCAACUUGGGAGACUGGGUAAACUCAUAAUCUGGUGAGCUGGAGUUUUUAAGGCUGCUGGCCUGCAGAAGCAAGGAGGUGGGAAUGUAUUUUUACUUUUUCAGUGUUUGCACUAUUUAGAGACCAACACCCCUGCUGGCUCAGCUGUGCUGUGUCUGCCGAUAGGGUGGGCAGGACAGCCCGCAGCUCUGCUGGCAUUCGGGAAUGGAAGAGGCUGCUUCCGCCUGGAUGGUCACAGCCUGGCGCCUUGUGCCACCUUCAUCCUGCGGCUCCUUGAGGCAUGGAUAAGGUGUUUGCCAAACCAGGAAGUCUGGGACUGUGACACUUGGGGAAAAAAAUAGCCCUAAUGCUGGGUUCUUAUUUUCGAUUAUGAGCUUAGGAAUUAGUUCCUCCCUUCUCAUUGGACUUGUUAUGUUUGUGUAUGAUGGGUAACAAACUUCCUUUGAAAGAAACCCAAGACACUGAAUGUAUCUGUGCAUGGGUGCUCCAUCGGGUGGCUUCAGGGGACUGGUGGGCCUGAUCACGGAUCUUCUCUAUGGCACAUCGUGUCAGUCCCGGAGCUGCUGUUUCCUGCUGCGAUUGUCAGGGACUGUGGCUGGCAGAAGGACACUUGUCACAUGCACGGCCAAUCACAGUGAUAAUGGAAGAAACGGUUCCUCCAUUGUGUUAUUUCAACAGGAAUUGUGUUCUGGCUUCCCAUCUUCUGUUACUUUAAUAAAAACUGAACUGUGCGAA